AUGGGAUUUGCAGAAAUUUUCAUAGAUAUGGUUUGGAGGCUGAUAGCUAACAACUGGUAUUCCAUACUCCUUAAUGGUCAAGCUUAUGGUUUCUUUCAUUCCACCAGCGGUGUAAAACAAGGUGAUCCACUCUCUCCUGCUUUGUUUAUCUUAUCUGCUGAAGUUUUAUCUAGAGCAUUGAAUUCUUUAUUUGAGAAUAAUGAGUUUAGAAGUUAUGGAAUCCCCAAAUGGAGUGCAAAUCUGAACCAUCUGGCAUAUGCAGAUGACACAAUAAUUUUUUCAUCUGCUGAUGCUAGAUCUUUAGAGCUAAUUAUGGAGUUGGGUUGUCCUGUCACACAUUCAAGGAAGAGGAAGGUUGAUUACAAUGAUCUGAUCAAGAAAGUCAAGAAUAGGCUGCAGACUUGGAAAGGAAGAAUGUUAUCAUUUGGAGGAAAAUCUGUUCUGAUCAAUAAUGGACUAAUGAGUAUGCCAAUACAUUUGUUGCCAGCCAUCAAACCUCCAAAAUGUGUUAUCAAUGAUAUGCACAAAAUCUUCUCAAGUUUCUUCUGGAAUAAUAGUGAGGAAGGCAGAAGAAGACACUGGUCAUCAUGCCUAAACUUGUGUAAGCAAAAAGAGGAAGGAGGAGUAGGCUUUAGAUCUUUGUUUGAUGACAACAAAUACUCUAUGGGAAAACUAUAUGUGGAUCAAAUAUUGCAAAAGGCACAGUCCUCAGACUGUGCAGUGAAAGGGAGGUUCUCAAAUGAGGGUGUUCAAGAUGUAAAAGAACUCAUGUUGCAGGAUGGUUGGAAUAUAGGAAGAUUGCAACAGUUAUUCCCUAUGGAUAUUGUGGAUCAUAUAUUAGAAGAAUUGCACUUUCAUGAACCAAAAGAAGAGUGGGAUAGGCUAAGAUGGAUGAUGACAGCAUCAGGCAAAUUUAUUGUAGGCACUGCAUGGGAAUUACUAGGGAGCAAAGCAGCCAAGUCAGAUGUCUUUAAAAACAUGUGGACAUCAGGGGUACCUUUUAAGAUCCUUCUUUUUCUGGAGGUUGUGGAAGUACAAAAUACCAGUUGGAGAGGAAAUAUUGCUACAAAAGUGUGGACUUAUGUUAAAACUGUUGUUGGCAUCACAACACAGUUUCAACAAGUUAGGCAGAUUCUUCAUGUCUGGUGGAAUGCAGAUUGCCCCUCAAAGUUCAGAACCAUCUUUAAAGCUAUUCCAAUGGUCACUAUGUGA